CCCCGCCCCAGUCAUCUUGGGCUGCAGCUCGGAGCCCGGAUGCGCCGCCAUGCCGACUCUAUCAGCGAAUGGAAUAAUUUAUUCACCAACCUGCCUGACACUGGGCGACUAGGAGUUCACAGAAGAAGUCGACAAGACAGUUUGGAGGGCACAGGGGCCCUUCGCCGCGGACAGACUUAGCACGGGAUAUCCGCGCCGUGUGUGCUCGCGUUGCCGGCCACCGUUGUGUCGAUGUAGUUAGAGACACUUGUGUGCUAGCUACGAGGCUAACGUUAGCUCGAGUGGGGGAGAGAGUGCGCGGCAGUGACAGUCCGGCCGGAGGCGGGGAGAGCCGAGGUGAGACUGCUGCUCUGAUGGUGACUGCACUGUUGACUGUACGCGAAUAGGUGGCCAUCUGAUCCAGAGAAAUUUCCAUGUCUGCAUCAGCUCUGGAAACCAGAAGAGAUGUCUGUUGAUGAGGAUACCGUGAAAACUGGCAGUCCACAGGCGAGCUCGACGUCGUCCCUGCAGCUCUCAGAAUGCACUGGAGGUUACAACACUAUAUCUGUGGUGGUGGAGGGUACAGCAGCCACCCCUGAUUUUGCAGCUGCGUGUCCCGUCCUGGGCACUGCAGCCUCGCCAAAACACACCAGCACGACCGACACGCUUUCUCACUCCGACGACGCCGGGCAGAGAGCCGGCGGGAACGAGAAUAACAUCAAUCGCAGGAACAGCUUUCAUCAUUCCAAACAACAGCAACAAACGAAGCUCACAAAGCGACGCAACACAGCGAACACUAGCUUCAAGCAUCCGACAUCCGGCAAGAGGAGACGAAGGGCCAACUCUGAGAGUGACUCCGUCCUGCCUACCAACUUCCUCCUGGGGGGGAACAUUUUUGACCCACUGAAUCUCAACAGCCUGCUGGAUGAGGAGGUCAACAAGGCACUGAAUGCAGAGACUCCCAAAUCCUCCCCGCUGCCGGCAAAGAGUCGAGACCCCGUAGAGAUCCUCAUCCCCAGAGACAUCACAGAUCCACUGAACCUGAACAGCGGGAUAGCAGACAGCAGCUUUUUGGUGUCCCCCUUCAAAAGUGGUGGCAGGAAGAGACACCGCAACAGACACCAUGGUGGAGGAGGUGGAGGAGGUGGAGGAGGAGGAGGAGGAGGGGUUGGUAGUGGGAUUUCAACCACACAGAUCAACCUCUCAGAAUCAGGAAAAAGUGAGGUUAAAACCGGCACCUCCACACCGCUUCCAGGUAUGUUGGCUUCAUGUUCUGCACUAGACGUCUCCAAAGAGUCCAACAGUUUCUCCAGUGUCACAGGGGAUUCCCACGAGCACUCCACUGACAACUCAGCCAGCUGCAAGGAAGAGACGACGUCUGUAUCUAUGGAGGAUUCCGCUUUGUCCGUAUCGGGGGGGCCCAACCAGCACACAAGCAGACGCAAGCGCAGGCGCAACUCCGGUAAGAUGGAGCUCCCUGUGACUCAUUCUACGCCGAUUGGAAAGUCGGGAUCUGGAGACAGGAGUUAUGGUACAGGGGGACAGAGAUAUUCUCAGUCCUUUCACACACCAAGGAUUGGACCCAAACCGGGGCCAGGAGGUCGCCAACACCAGCAGCCCCACCACCAGGCGAAGGAGCAACAGAAGAAGAAGUUCCAGUACGGGAACUACAACAAGUAUUAUGGCUACCGCAACCCAGGAGCCAGUGAAGACCCACGGGUACGCGUGCUUCGUCCAGAAUGGUUUGAAGGUAAAGAGGUUCUGGAUUUGGGUUGCAACUCAGGCCACCUAACACUCUAUAUCGCCAAAGUGCUAAGACCUGCUCGCAUAUUGGGCCUGGACAUUGACAGCGCUCUGGUUCAUGCGGCGCGGAAGAACAUCAGACAUUAUCUGUCUGAACUGCAGACUCAAGAGGCCAGGCGUGCUGAGAGGAAUGGAAAUGGGAGUCACACAGGCACAGACAAGAAGCACAAUGAAGCUGAGAGCAGGGAUGAAAACGGGAGACCAGUGAAAGGAGAAAGUGGCCCUGCAGAGGCUGUAAAUGACAAUGGCUCCUGUCAGACAGACGAGGCAGGGGCCCAGAGGCAGGACAGCAAAACAGAGGAAAUGGAGCAGGAAGAUUGUGAUUCACCCCCUGCUGAUCACUCUGUGAGCUGCUCUUUUCCUGUGUCCCUUCGGAUCUCCAGGGGGCCCAUCGCUGCUCCUCCACUAACAGAAACAUCCACCGCUCGGCCCGGGGAGUUCCCCGCAAACGUGUCCUUCAUCAAGGCCAAUUAUGUACUGGACAACGAUAAUCUUCUUCUGACUCAGCGGCCAGAGUACGACGUGGUCAUGUGCCUGAGUGUUACCAAAUGGGUUCACCUGAACUGGGGAGACAGUGGCCUCAAGCGGCUCUUCAAGAGAGUCUACAGACAUCUCCGUCCUGGAGGCUUGUUCAUCCUGGAGCCACAGCCCUGGGAGUCCUAUGUGAGGAGGAAGAAGCUAACAGAUAAUAUUAGCAAGAAUUUUCACAGCAUCCGCCUCAAACCUGAGCAGUUUCCGUCGUACCUUACAACAGAGGUGGGCUUCACCAGUUUUGAGUACCUUGGGACCCCCAAGUGUUCAAUAAGAGGUUUUCAAAGGGCAGUGUACUUAUUUCACAAAUGACCGCUCCUGCCUUGAAGAUCUUUGAAUGUGAGUAGCCUAACACCACCACCAUACGUACAAGCCAGCCAGCUGCCCUGGACUGCAAGGAAUCCUCUGAAUCCUUAACAGUUACUCCAGCUACUCAGAUGCUGAAGAUGAAAUUCGGAAAGGAGAACAGGACCAAAAGUGGAAUUCAUUUUGGAAAGGUGAAAUCUGUCGAGACUAGGCACCUAGCAGAAUCCUCUGGGACUACAAAUUCUUAAAAUAUGGAGUGAACUCAGAUAGGACUCUAAACGUCACACAGGUUGUGGAAUAGGGGCUCAUCUGAUCAUUUCUUUGGACUAUCCUAGUGCUAAUGAUGCCUCAGUUUGAUGCACGGCCAUAACGUGUUUAAAUAUCUUGGGCCAUAUAUCUCUACUUUCAUAACUUUGUUCUGUGCCACCACACCACCAUACAUACAUUAUACAUGUUAGGGUUGGGCGAUAGGGCAGACAUUUCCCAAUUGGCCACAGUCAUUGCUUUCCCUGGCGAUUGAUGGUGGAUUUACCACAUUAGUUCCAUGUGACCAACUGUGUGUGUUGCAUCUGCAAAGGUGCAGUAUACCACUGGAUUACAAAGCCGUUAUUAGAUCCUUCUGACAUGAUGUCUCCUGAAAAGCCACACUGGAGUGCAUGCAGUGUGUUUUAUCCCUGGCUACUCUUGUAGUGGUGCAAUAUUUGUAUCACUUUUGAAGUCUUGAAUCCUGUUGCGGCAGACAUAUAAAUGCACAUAUUUUGAUGAAUUUAAAGCAGCUAAAACAAAUUCCAUCAGGCUCAGAUUCAGUCUGUCACUAUUGCAUAAUUUGUCCCAUCUCCCGACCCUAAUAUAUAGUUUGUUUUGUCAUUGUUUUGCAAAAUAGGCCUAAGAGCUGAAUUAACUGUAGUGUGUUACAGAGCUGUGAAAAUGUACAAAUCCACAUUUUGGAAAUGGACAAUAUGGAAAGCUCCUAAAUUGCACAAACCUAAGAUCCUAUGAAGUGAAAAGUGUCUCGUCUCAGCAAUAAAGACGAUGUUGCACGAGCAGAACUCAAAACAGCCAAAACCACAAACAUCCAGUGAAAUAAUGAACGCUUCACAUCAAACAGCAAAUAUGUUUUCACGGUAUUGUCUCGUUUUUAGUAAUACUCAGUCAUUAAAACACAGAGACAGUUUUUAAGUUUAGCAGGUUUUCUACCACUGGAGUACUCUUACAAUGUGAAAAAUCAGGUGUCUACAUUUUCAAGAAAAGCAUUUUGGCUAUUAUGAAUGUAAACUUUCUACAAAUCUUCAGGCCUUUGUAAUUUAUUUGAGAGUUUGAAGUGUUUAGGAAGCAACAAAUCACUUCAUGGGUUCUUGAAGCCUUUUCGAUGCUCCAUCCUAAUGGUAGGGGGCACAUUUGAGCUGUGAUGACACCCUGGUGUUGGCUCAGCUCAAAAUAAUUCAGCACACAGACCACAAGGACUAUUUUGCAAGGUAGAUCUGGAGCAUGCAGUGAUCUAUUCUUUUUUUUUUCUAAUGACAGUUAAGCCAUAGCCCUACCUUAUGUGUUGUUUACAAUGUCCUUCAUGAGGUGCUGACUGAGAGUGUAAUUGGGUGUCAAAUCGAAGGCAGAGGCCUGUAAUUACAGAGUUGCUAUAGCGUUUUCAUUGCUGUUUCAAUCUGACAUGCAUAGUUUUGUGUGGUGUGAUCAUCACUACUGAACAGACAUUAAUUCAAACAGCAUCAGAAUGAAUUGCGAUGCUUUUCUAGCUCCUCAACUUCUGUAAGGCUAAACAAAAAUUUACAUUUGUAGAAAGAAACCAGAUUGUUACUAAAAAUGACUGAAAUAUGUCCAUAGGACUUUUUACCAAAUUUAGAUACUAAUAUGCUGUUUGUAUUGAAGCGCUGCCAGAAUAUUCUAUGGGUCUUUUGCUCUUUGAAUCUGACAAAAUAUGCCAUCAUCACCUUAGUCUUCGGCCUAAUGAGGACAAUUAUGAGUUACAGGUAGUCGGUCUUUGUGAUUGUAUUUUUAUUGGUGUGCACUGAGCGCCGCUCUUCUACAAUCUUUCAUUCGAAGUGGCGGGGACAGAAAAUCUUCCUUUUUUUGUGACUGGUUCAAUUACAGCAUUUGGCAUACUAGGUUAGGAAAAGAUGGAGAAGAUUGAUGCUAUAUGUUUAUAUUUUAGUAAGUGAUCAAUGUAAAUAAGUUUGCAAAUUUUCUUUUACUGUUGUCAACAUUGAGUUCAUAACUGCUUUUGUCAUUUUAUUUUUUUUUGUCUUUUCACAUGUUUGCUGCCAAGUUGUGAGUGAGUCACAGGCCAGGACAAUGGGGCAGUUUUUGUCCUAUAUUGCUAAUCCAGCUCUGUAACAACAAAUGAAUAUGUACAUUGCAAAGUUCUGAUGUGUUUGCUUUGUUCUGUCCUGGCAAGCACAUGGAUUGUUAGAUUGGCUCUUUAUUUUUUUAUAAACUGUUUGAAAGGA